UAUUGUUAUAUAUACUUAAUUGAUUUUAAUUCAAUUCAAGUGUACACAAAUCCUUUGUGAAUGUGCACCGAGUGCAUUUGCUAAGUGCUGGGCGAAAUGAAAACGCAAAUGAAAAAUCGCAAAAGCUUUGUUUAAAUUUGAGACGCGGCGCAAAUAAGCUCGUGGCACACCGUUACCUAUGGGAGACGAAAGUUCAGACUCUCGCGAGACAUUUGUUGCAACUUUGAUCAAUCCAGACGCCGAUAGCAGCAACACCUCGAAAGAGAUCACAACUAAAAUAAAGCCCCAGCCAAGCGAUCAGAUCAGCGAUGUCAAUGAGAAUUCAACAAAUAGAGAAGAAACAAUAGCAACAACAACAACAACAGCAGCAGCAGCAACAGCAACUAUUGAAGCAAACAGUAAUGGAACUAACGGAAAUGGAACAGUGAAGGCUGCACUCGACGAAUUCUCAAACAGCUGCUCGGACGACGAUCAAGGCGUUCUGGAGAAGCCAGCAUUCAAAAUAAGCAUUGUUCCAUUGGAGAAACUGCUGGCACAGCCAAAAAGCAACGGCAACAGCACCAGAACAACUAGAAACUCCAACAACAACAACACCACUAAACUUAAUGAAAGAACAACUAAUAUAACUAAAAGAACAAAUUUGCGAUCAUCAUCGGUUUUGCCGGCGCGUAAAAGUCGCAACAAAAUUGUGUCCAUUAUCGAAUUAAGCGACAGCGACCCAGAAACAGACGAAGACGCCAUUAUUGUGCAGCGUAGAAGUCGGAUCAACAGCACAUCCACAUCAACAUCCACAUCCAGCACAGCAGUUGGCAAGGAGUCAGCCAAGAAGUUGCCAACCAAACAGAGUUUGCUCUCGAAACUGUUAAUCGACAGCGAUAGCACAACAGCGAGUGAGGAGACAAACACAAUACAACAGUUGCGUCGCUGUGUGGUGCGUGUAAAGCGCAUUAAGCUGCCAACAACAGCAGCUAAAGCAACAACAGCAGCUAAAGCAACAACAGCAGCUAAAGCCACAACAGAAGCAGUAGCAACAGAAGCCGCAACAAAAGCAUCAAAAACAAUUACAGCAGAAACAACUACAACAAAA